AUGUUUAAAAAAUUAAUGUUAAACACCUUUAAUAAGGUUUCUGCCUCUAAAUUUACAUGUCAAUUAAUGAAAUAUCACUUCACCCAACCUAAUAACCAUAUUAAAUAGAAAUAAUCUAGUUUGAUUGCUGCCUAAAAUAAGAGUUUUAAGGUAUGUGAAAUCGAUUAUCAAGUAGAUGUUAUACCUAAGUAGUCAGUAACCGAUACCUCCGAUUAAUAUUGCAAAAAAACUAGUGAAUACAAGGUUACUGAUGAACAAAAUCAAACAACAGUAAACUAAGUUGAAACAGCUAAAACAACAGCUACUGCUACUACUACUGCUAACAAUAAUUCUACUAAUACCACAACAAAUAAUACAACUAUAAAUACUGCUUAGUUAAGCUAAGUAGAAAAAAGUGAAGUUGAUGAUUAUACCGAAUGGGGUGGCUUUAUAGAAUGUUAUGACAAAUUAGAAGAAUUUUUAAACUCUUCACUCUAAUCUCAUUAGAUUCUCCAUAUUAAUCUUCGUUACAAAUUAAUUGGUGAUAAAGGUGCAUCAGACUUAGGUUCUGCUUUAGCAAAUUGCACUAAUCUAACAAAUUUGACACUUGAACUUUGUGACAAUAAUAUUGGUGCAGUUGGUGCAUCUAGCUUAGGUUCUGCUUUAGCAAAUUGCAUUUAUCUCACAAAUUUGACACUUAGACUUAAUAAUAUAUUUUUUCUUGGUCUUGAAAAUAAAAUUGGUGCAGUUGGUGCAUCAAGCUUAGGUUCUGCUUUAGCAAAUUGCACUAAUCUUACAAACUUGACGCUUAGCCUUGAUGACAAUCAAAUUGGUGAUGAAGGUGCAACCAGUUUAUGUUCUACGUUAGCAAAUUGCACUAAUCUCACAAAUGUGACACUAAGCCUUAGUGGAAAUGAAAUUGGUAAUGAAGGUACAUCAGGCUUAGGUUAUGCUUUUACAAAUUGCACUAAUCUCUUAAAUUUAACCCUUUACCUUAAUGGAAAUUAAAUUGGUGACAUAGGUGCAUUAGGCUUAGGUUCUGCUUUAGAAAAUUACACUAAUCUCUCAAAUUUGACACUUCUCCUUGAUGGUAAUUAAAUUGGUGAUAUAGGUGCAUCAGGCUUAGGCUUUGCUUUGGCAAAUUGCACUAACCUCUCAAAUUUGACACUUUACCUUCAUGGUAAUUAAAUUGGUGAUAUAGGUGCAUCAGGCUUAGGCUCUGCUUUAGCAAAUUGCACUAAUCUCUCGAAUUUGCUACUGCAUAUUAGAUCGAAUUAAAUUGGUGCAGUUGGUGCAUCAAGCUUACGUUCUGCUUUAGCAAAUUGCACUAAUCUCUCAAAUUUGAUACUUGAUAUUGAGGAAAAGUAGUUUAUUUGA